UGCGUUCGUUUUAUGUACGCAUGGUGUAAACACACAAGUACUCGUAUCAUUUUAUAUUUAUGUCGUCUAUUUCUUUUCUUUAAUUCUGAUCUAAUUUAUUUAUACUCUCUAACGAUAGUUUAAUUUUUAUUUUUGAUAUAAUUGUCAAAAAAUAAUAUAAUUUAUAUGUUUUAACGUUAUUAUAUAAAAGUAUCAUGGUUGUUAAAAAGGAUGAAACUCAAACAAUUGAUAUUAUAGAUACAAUUGAGCAGAAAUUAAAAAAGGCUGGCUGUCUUGAAUUACAUUAUCAAGUUCAGGAAUGUAUAGCCGAAACAAGAGAUUGGAGAAAAUGUCAGGAUCAUGUAAAAAGGUUUAGAGUAUGUAUGGAAGAGCACAAACAAAAACAAGAAUAAGGUUUAGAUAGUUGAUUAGAAUUUUCAUAACAUGUUAUCG